AACCUGCGAGUCUACGGAAACUGCACCGUCACGCAACGUAUCAAGAAAUCAUGGUUUAUCAGUCAAGAAGGCCUCAACUUGCCAACCACAAAUACACAGAAAAUACUGGGCUUUGUCAUUAUUAUGCUUGUUAAAAAGGGACAAAACAGCAAGAUCAUUAUUUAUAUGACAAGACAGUGAUAUAUACAUCAAGAUUUGUGUAUAUACAUCAAGAUCCAUAUAUAUAUACAUUAAGAUUUGCAUAUGUACAUCAAGAUUCGUGUAUAUACAUCAAGAUUCGUAUAUAUACAUCAAGAUUCAUAUAUACAUCAAGAUUUGCAUAUAUACAUCAAGAUUCGACAGCUAUUAAUCAAGCAUUGUAUAUGUACAGGAACAUUAAAAUUCGUGUAUGUACAUUAAGAUUUGUGCAUAUUCAUCAAAAUCCGGGCAUACAAUGAAGAUCUCUAGAUACAUUAAGAUUUUUGUAUAUAUUAAGAUUCGUGCACUUCGGACAUAAGGGAAAGCGUAACCGCUGGACCGAUUAUCGUGUGUUCAAACGGCGACCGAAAAAUGGCGGCAAACAUGGCGAAUUCGUCGCUGCCCAACGAGGAAGACAUCUCCUCCUUGGUUCACCGUGUUUACAGAGCCAUGACAGAAGAAGUGCCUCGUGAAAGGUCACGAGUCAGUGGAGGUAACUCCAGCAAUGUUGAAGAAGAGUUGUCGAGAAAUUUUCGAAUUCCCCGUGUUGGCGUACAGCAGCCUCCGUUGUACAAUCCACGAGUGAAUUAUGGAAGCAAUGGUAAUAGUGGAAAGAAGGGGAAAUUAAGAUCAAGUUCCUGGAAAGGAAAGUCAGCGAAAGAAAGUCCGCACAGUAUCUCUUGUAAAGAAUUAGUGCUGUUGCCAGCUCCUAAUGUUGAUGAAGUUCCACGCUUUGGCAAAAAACGAAAGCUUCAGGAAAUGGGCCUAAUAGUAGAUGGCUUCCCCCUUGACAAGAACUGGGACGAGAGCCAACUGAAGCUUAAGGUACCUUUCAUCACUGCCAUUUUCGUUUUAUUUAUGCUGUAAUUCUACUCCUCUCUUGUGCACCCCUCGCCCUGCCCCCCCCCCUCCCCCUGCCUUCAUUGAAACACGAAGCAUUUUUUUCAAAAUAAUUCAUUCACCUUGAAACUUUGAAUAUCUUAAAACAAGAGAAAGUAUCAUGUGAUAUGGUACUAUGGGAUUAAUUGGUAGCUGCUUAGACUGACUAAUACAGUGGACUAGGAGGACAUAGUGAUGGUGUUCUUCCCAUUGGCGGCAGGGGUCGGGGGGCGGCUGGGUACCUCUGUUCAGAAAAAAAAAUCAUAUCUGGUACACCAUUUAAUGCUUAUUAUUCAUGCUAAUGGUAUCUAGUAGUGAUGGGUUAGUUGUUGAUUUUUUGUUUUGUUUUUGUUUUGAUCAGGUUGGGGGUGCUCUGGUUGAUGUCUUACGGGAUGAAGAGGGAGGUGUUAUCCCAUUUGAAUUUGUGAAAAGUAUUGGAAAAAGUAUAUGCCCUCUCAAUCUAUUUAGUGAUAAGGAGCUUACAGGUGCCACACUAGCUGGAUUAUGUCGACAGGGCCCAAUAUAUGUAAGAGCAACAAAGCAACUAAGAUUCUGGCCAACGGAGGAUGCGAGUGAUGAUGAUGAAGACAAUGAAGAGUUCAAGAGAAGGCCAGAACAGGUUCCUGAGAAAAGUGCCAGAGGUACAUGUAUCUGUUCCUAAUAUUAUUUAACUGAUUGUAUAAUUAUGUACAUUGUAUGCCAUGAAGACUGACAGCAGCAGUUGUGAGUAAGGCUCAGUCAUGGAGCAUUUUUUGCCAUGGACUGUCAAUGACUGGAAAUUAAACAUUAGUGGAUAAAUCACUUGUCUGUCUUUAUACAGGGAAUAAAUCUGUAAUGCUGUGAUUGAGAAACAUUGCACCUGCAAAUGUCAUCAAAAAAGACACUUCAACAAACUAGUCAAA